AUGUCCAACACCGGCAGCAGUAACGCGGCUUCGGCCGAAUUCACGUCCUUUUACCUUCAGCAAGCCACGAAGGAAUUUGCUGAGGAUCUGGACAAGGUUCGCAGCGCCGACGACUUCAAGGGCGAUGCGCUACAGCUAUUGAUCCAGGCCCUGCAGCAGGGCACAGCUUUAUUCCCUUCAGCUGACCAACGCCGCGUAGCGGACGCUGGCAAGGCGGCCCAGCUGGAGGAUGAGGAUAUUGCCAAGGAUGUGAGCGCCACCACCACCACCACACCAACCAGCAGCAGCGAUGCCACUGCUAGUGACAAGGAGGAAUGA